AUGACCUGGUUUGACCCUGUGCCUGUGGAAAAGUUCGUCGAGCUCAAUAAGAAACAGGCUGCCGAGGAAGUGCCUGAGCUCUGUCCUGACCCGCCUGUAGACGAAGAUGGUCUUCAGAUCCAUUGCGGUCCUAUUCUUCGUCUUUGCGGCCUGUGGGAGGACAAUUCGCCUAAUUAUAGGGCUUCUAUAUUGCUUGUGACUAAGGGCGACGUGGAGCCAGAGAUUGGCUACGCUAUCGGCCCGGCAGCUAAAGAACUGGCGCCUGAGGGCUGGAAACCUUCGUUUGACGGUACGUUUCCGGCGGUAAACUUCUAUACCGAACAGGAAUACAAGUUCUGGAGGUUUAACAUUAAGUUGGACCUUGAGGAGUACGAACAAAGAGUCAGGUACUCGAUCAAUGGCAAGAUAAACGAUGCUCAUGCCUUCUUUGUGCCUGCUGCUGACCAGUCGAUGAACGUGGUGUCGUUUUCAUGCAAUGGGUUCUCUUUGUCUACGGAUACCUCUCAGUACAAGCUGUCGCUUUGGCUUGACGUGUUGAGAAAGCACGAGAAACAGCACUACCAUGUUAUGCUUGGUGGAGGUGACCAGAUCUAUUGUGAUGCCAUCAAGCUUCAUGUAGAGCUGAUCCAGAAGUGGCUUAACGAGACUACCGCUGCUAGGAAACGUCGUAUCGAGACCACUCCUGAGAUGAUUGAAGAAAUGGGCAAUUACUAUUUGAACGCUUAUAUGGCCUGGUUUGGCCAGGGCUACUGGAUGGGCACUAAUGGCGGUACCAAGCAACACAUGUUCCCAUUAUCCAUGGCCCAGAUCCCAGCUGUGAACAUUUACGAUGACCAUGAUAUUAUUGAUGGUUUUGGGUCUUAUAAAGACAGAACAAUGGCUUCCAAUGUGUUCUCUACCAUUGGUAAUGUCGCUUACAAGUACUAUAUGAUCUUCCAGCACCAUAUGCUGAUUGAUGAGGAUGCUUACCUUAAGGACCCAUCGUGGAUUUUGCUGAACAAGCCAGGUAAGUUUAUCAAGCAGCGUAACCACUCGGUUUACAUGAGACUCGGUAAAGAGAUCUCGCUUUUGGGUGUGGAUUGCCGUACCGAAAGACGUCUUUCUCAGAUCAUCGAACCAGAUACGUACAAUUUGAUAUUCAAGCGGUGCCAGGCAGAGAUAGACAAGAACCCCGACACAAAGCAUCUUCUUGUCAUGCUUGGUGUACCUAUUUUGUACCCACGUAUGGUUUGGCUUGAAUGGAUCUUGACUCUGCGUCUUUUGAAACCAAUUCGUGGUUUGGCCACCAGAGGUUUUGUUGCUCCUGGUUUGGUUAAUGAGUUCGAUGGUAGUGUUGAGGUUUUGGACGAUUUAAACGAUCACUGGUGUUCUAAACACCACAAGAGAGAACGUAACGGUUUGAUGAAGAGAUUGAUUGAUUUUGGUGCUGCAAAUGGUGUUCGUAUUACAAUCCUUUCAGGAGAUGUCCAUUUGGGAUGUUUCGGUCGUAUGAAGACCAAGAUCCACCACCACCCCAGAGCUCAUAUUCUCAAGGAUGCCGAGAAGGAGAACAAGGAUGUGACAUCUACACCUCAGUACGACCCUCGUUUGGUUUUCAACGUCAUUUCUUCGGCUAUCGUGAACGCUCCACCACCAGACGUUAUGCCAAAGUUGCUCCAGAGACAGACAAAGCUCCACAAGUUCGAUUCUAAUACUACAGAGGAUAUUGUGCCCAUUUUCAUGUCGAACACAGACGGGCUGCCUCGUGACAAUCACUAUUUCUUGAACAAGAGAAACUGGAGUGACUUGAUUUUGGCUAAGCAGUCGUCAGACUAUGCUGAAGUGGUUGGUACGGGCGUUUCUAAGUUCCCAGGUUCAAACCUGGAGCACGACAAGAAGGUAUUGGCCGAACAGAAAGUUGACGAGCAGCACUUGAAGUACCCAGUGCUUGAAAACAGUUUGGUGGCCACUUUGCAUGUGGAAGACGAUGGUAACGAUCCCGAAGCCACCACUGCCGACUACGAGGUGAUGAUUCCAGAUUUGCAAGGAAAAUUCGAGUUGCAACGUACACGUAUCAAGCACUUGACGCUCUAUGACAAGACCCGCUGA